AAAACGCAUAAGACUUGUAGUUUUCAAAAAUGUUUUCAUUUUUGAUGAGACGCUGAAUAAAAGAAGUUUAAUCGCCGGCAAACGAAAACCGCCAUUUCCCGUAAACCCCGGACUCGGCCCGUAUAGUCAAAAGUAUACAAAGAAAGUACCCUGUGAGUAAACUCAUUUCCAGAACGAUUUUUUAAAUUAUUUUUUCACCACUAAAACGCAUAAGACUUGUAGUUUUUAAAAAUGUUUUCAUUUUUGAUGAGACGCUGAAUAACAAUCUCGUUCCCAGGGCUUCUUUUUCUCUUUCUGAUAUGUGGCUGGCGCGAAAGAAGUAGCUCUGGGACUGGCCGGUCAAAAUACCCACCUAUAGUGGGUAUUUUUGAAAGAGCCGUUUGUCUUGCUUGUCCAGAUUUUACGGAAGGGAUAUAGGAAGGUAACUGAGCAUAAAAACAAGCAUAUGGCGAGUAAAAAUUUAGUUAGCUGGCUAACAAGAUGGAAAAUAUAAUACAACUUUUUUCCAAACUUCGACUUGCUCUAGAGAAAGGUUUUGACCCAAAUUUUGUGUUAAAGCCCAAACAAAUCAUUUGCUUUAAACAACUAAUUAACUAAUUAAACGAUACUCUUGCGGUUUUGCCUACUGGAUAUGGGAAAUCCAUUUUGUACCAGUUACUUCCUUUUGUAAUGCCUUUACAGAAGAAAAGAAACAUAGUGAUUGUUGUUAGCCCUCUCAACGCUAUCAUUGAGGAUCAACAAAAAAUUUUGAGCCAAAGAGGUGUAGAAGUUGCUACACUUACUUAUGAAAUGGAAGAAUGUACAGAAGAUCUUUUUGCACAUUUGAAUACGGAAGAUCCUGUCGAACCAAAUUUCAAAGUUUCACAUGAAAUAAAAAAUGGAGAUAUUGAUUUUUUAUUUGGACAUCCAGAAGCAUUUUUGUCACACACAGGAAGAAAUUUACUAAAAUCAAAAAUUUAUCAGGAUAAUGUUGUUGCAUGUGUAGUAGACGAGGCACAUUGUGUGGAAUUGUGGGGACUGGAAUUUAGAAAAAGCUUUCAAGAUUUGGUUGUCUUAAACACCAUCUUUCAAGAUCGCCCUAUGCUUGCAUUAACCACAACUGCGGGAGAUAAAAUGAUUUCCAAAAUUAUAAAAGACUUAUCUCUACAGAACUGCAAAAUUGUAAAAGCCUCACCAAAUCGUAGAAAUGUGUUUCUAAGUGUAAAAAAACGACUUCCAAACAACUAUGGUGUAAAAAGUUAUGAACAAAUUCUAUUACCAAUAGCAACAAAAUUAAACGAAACAAGACAAGAUUACCCUAUCACAAUUAUAUAUAUGGGUUUAAAAUAUUGUGGAUAUGCAUAUAAACUUUUUGACAUGGUUAUUGAAAAUCCCUUCUGUGAAAACGAGAUAACUCCAAGAGCUAAAUUGUAUGCUCAAUUUCAUGCAUCAACCACUUCGUGUAUGAAAGAAGAUAGUUUGGAAGAAUUGAAAUCCUUAAACUCUCGAAUAAGGGUAGUAUUUGCAACCACUGCUUUUGGUAUGGGUGUUAAUGUACCUCAGGUUACUAACAUUAUUCAUAUUUCUCCCCCAUCAAAACUGGAAAGUUACAUACAAGAAAUUGGACGUGCAGGUAGAAAUGGUGCACAAUCAAAUGCCAUAUUGUACUACAACAACUCUGACAUCAGUAAAAAUAAUUUAAAAAUGGAUGAAUCAAUUAAAAUAUAUUGUCAAGAGACUGAUUGUCUCAGAAAAUCAUUGCUCAAAUACUUCAGUUUUAAAUGCGAAACACAAGACAAUUGUUGUGAAAACUGUAAUCCUACGACAACUGAAGAUUUUUCUCCUGUUCAUCAUAUACAAAUGUCAGAUAUUGAUAGAGAAUCAAUACGUUUAGAGCUAGAAAUGAUUAAUGUUGAAAAGGAAGAAGACUCUCAUUUAUUAACAUUUGAGUUUAAUUUGACACAUGAUGUUAUUGGAAAAAUUUCCAACAAUUUUCAUUUAAUAACUUGUGAACGUGAUUUAUUGCAUAAAUUUGAUGUUUGGGAUGAAAGGUAUUCGACAAAAAUUUUUGAUGUCAUCAGAAAAUAUUUGAAUCUAUAAGUAUAUAAAUAAUAUAUAUAGUUUUUAUUUCUUCUUUUAUUUUGUCGAAAACAUUUUUUAUUGGUAAGGUUGGACCAUUAGAAUU